AGAAGCAUUGCUAUGGAAGAAUUGUGUGAAGAAUAAUAACAUUGGUGCUAAAUGAAACUGUUACAUCACAGCAAAUAUGAUCCUUAUGCUCUUGAUAUGGGGGACAGAAGCUGCAAACUCUUUUGAAACACCUACAACAUUUUCCUUCCUCCAACAACCAAUUUCUCAGUCUGUUGAGCAUGGCUCAUCAGUAACGUUCAAUUGUACAGCAAAAUACGAACAAUAUUCAGUACGAUACCGAUGGUAUCGGUUAUCAGAAGUUCAAAUUCCUCCAGAUGAAAACAAUCAUUUGAAUCAGACCUCUAGUAUAAUAUCGAUAGACAUUUAUAAAUCAGAUAGCAAGCUUUUGUUUCAAUGUAGAGCUGAGUCCGAAGGUCAAGUCAUCUAUAGUGAUGUUGCAAAAGUCACAAUUGCUUAUUUUGAAUACAAGGGUAAUCCCCUGGAUAAGUUAUUGGAGAUCAAUGAACCUAUGAUGGCUGUUGCCUCAACACUUUCUUGUAAUGAGCAAGUGAACCUUGUUACCAGUAACGAUCCUUUCGAGGUUGUUUGGUUCAAGGGUGGACAAAAUGUUUCCCAAUUCAGAGAUGCCAGAAUCUGGAUGUCGGCUACAGAAACAGAAGUCAUCAUAAAAGUUGCGGGUACAGAGCUGACACUGAUAAGUGUGAAGAGGUAUGAUCUAGUGUUAUACAAUUUUCGACUGGCGGAGGAUCAGGCUACUUACUUCUGUAAAGUGGUUCAGGGGACUCGGAGUAUUCUGGUAGCUGCUUGGACUGUCCAAGUUAGGCUUGAGUUUAAUUCACAGGAAUACUUCAUAUCAAAGCCCGUGGCGGGUUACCUCACCGACGCCAUUGGUCCUAAGGGCACCUUGUCCAAUGAGGUAAAAGUUGGUUCAAAUAUAACACUACUUUGUGGUGGAGUAGGGUAUUGUUCCAGAGACUUUAACAGGAUAUCUUACACCUGGUACAAGGAGGAUAUAAUCAUCGCUAAAGGGCGACAGUACCGGUUACCUGACGGAGAAAGUGGGAAGUUUCAAUGUGCUGUAAGAUGUGGGUCCGAUAUGGUUACCGAUAAAGUCACUGUUACUGUUCCUCAACCUGUUGAUAGCAGUAUAGAGGUGGAGUUCGCAGAUGAGCCCCCUGUUUACAAGGGAUACAUACUGGGGACAACUUUGGGGAACAUUCAGAUACCAUGUAGUGUCCUGAAUCCGGCGCAGUUUAGACGCGUGUACUACUACAACGGUGAAGAGAUAGAAGUACCAAUAACAGUGAAUCGAGCCAGUAGAAUGAAGAGUGGAGUGGUUCAGUGUGCCUUUCUGGACAAACUCACUCAGACCAUAUGGGUCCAGAGACUCACUCAGAUCGCUAUCAUAGGAAAACCGGAGAUAUUCACAUCGCUUCCAGAGAACAUGGCGGUUGGAACUACUCUUCACGUUUUUGAGCGCGAGAGUGUGACAUUUUCUUUCAACGUCACGUGUCCAGGAAAUGUUCAGGUAGACCUAUACACAGACGGAGUGAGGAACACGGUCUGUGAGGACGGAGUCGGGAGGUAUUUUAAUGAAGAGUGUACUGUACAGGACGAUGUUUACACCAUAUCCAUAGAUAAUUUCACUCAAGUUAAUGAGAGAACGUACAGACUGGAAGUUACACACAAUUUCUACAAAGAAUCAACCACAGAAGCAGGACAGAAAUACUCGUUACAAUCCUAUACUGACGAAGCUUCUGUUAGACUUAUUCUAGAAAGAAUCUGCACGCUAGAAUUAGCAGUGCUUCCUGCUCCGUCAGUCAUUUACACUAAUGGCCUGAAGAAAUGUGAGUCAUCACUGUCGCCAGUUCCGGACCUAGCCGUGUUCGUGUUCCCUAAAAGUGUAACAUUAACAUGCACUGGGACGGGGUUCCCUGUACCAGAUAUUCAGUUCUUUAAAGACGAUAAACCUCUCGGAAAUUGGGCUUCGUCCUGUCAGAAGAACGCUCCAGAAGGAGAGAGAACAUGUGGCCUGAAACUGUCCAGGUAUUCUGACUCUGGGGAGUACAGCUGUAGAGGUUUCAGCAGUAUCAGAAGGCAGAAGAAGUAUUGUAACACUACUGCUUUCAGUGUUAAUUUCGUUGGAGAUCCAACAGUCCACUCGGUGGUACUCCAAGAGAAACCAGCUCCCGCCAUAUCUUCACUGAUCUGCACUGCCGAGGGGAACACUAACCCAGACAAAGUCUAUUGGCUGGGAAAUGAUUCCAAAGUAAUUCAGACUGAGGUGCAGGAAGUCGGCAAAUUCAGAUCACUGACAAGUUUGAACAUCUCUGAUGCAACCCAGGCUGGAAUAUUCCGAUGUUGUGUACAGCAGAAUCAAGACACGGCAUUUUGCAAAGAGGUAGAGUUAAGGGAGAGACCUGUAAUAACAGGUCCUGAGGAAGAGCCUGUUAAUAUGUGGGAGAGACAGGAGAAACUGACUAUCGGUCUGAUAUGUGGCGGAGUAGCCCUGGUGGUUGUCCUCAUUAUAGUUGGGGUUGUUUGUUACUGGAGGAGAAAAAGAGCCAAGAAGCUCUCUACCAAUGGGAGUGCUGAACCAGCGUACGCUGUUGUAGAAACUGUUCCAAAAGCUCCAAAAGCCAAG